CAAAAGAGAGACUCUACAGCGGUGGGUAAUUCACUGGUCCAUAAGCGGUCUCCUUUAUGUCGAAGCCAUAAGACCUCAGCAUCUCUGACCAAGCUGUCGUUACGUGAUGGACAGAAAGCCAAAAAGCCACUGUGUAAAUUUGAAGAAGGUCAGGAUGUCCUAGCUAGAUGGUCAGAUGGCUUGUUUUAUCUUGGAACUAUCAAAAAGAUAAACAAACUGAAACAGAACUGCUUCAUUAUAUUUGAAGACAGUUCCAAAUCCUGGGUUCUCUGGAAGGACAUACAAACAGGAGCCACUGAAAGUGGGGAAAUGGUCUGUACAAUAUGUCAGGAAGAGUAUUCAGAAGCACCGAAUGAAAUAGUUAUAUGUGAUAAAUGUGGGCAAGGUUAUCAUCAGCUGUGUCACACACCAAAUAUUGAUUCCAGUGUGAUUGAUUCAGAUGAUAAAUGGCUCUGUCGACAGUGCGUUUUUGCAACAACAACAAAGAGGGGUGGUGCACUUAAGAAAGGACCAAAUGCCAAAGCACUGCAAGUCAUGAAACAAACAUUACCAUAUAAUGCAACAGACCUUGAAUGGGAUGCAGGUCACAAAACCAACGUCCAGCAGUGUUACUGCUAUUGUGGAGGACCUGGAGACUGGUAUCUAAAGAUGUUGCAGUGCUGCAAAUGUAAGCAGUGGUUUCAUGAGGCUUGCGUGCAAUGUCUCCAAAAGCCAAUGCUUUUUGGUGACAGGUUUUAUACGUUCAUUUGCUCAGUUUGCAGUUCUGGACCAGAAUACCUCAAACGUUUACCCUUGAGAUGGGUAGAUAUAGCACAUCUAUGCCUUUACAACCUAAGUGUUAUUCAUAAGAAGAAAUACUUUGAUUCGGAACUUGAACUCAUGGCCUACAUUAAUGAAAACUGGGAUAGGUUGCAUCCUGGUGAGCUGGCAGAUACACCAAAAUCUGAAAGAUAUGAGCAUGUACUGGAGGCAUUAAAUGAUUACAAGACCAUGUUUAUGUCUGGAAAAGAAAUAAAGAAAAAGAAGCAUUUGUUUGGCUUGAGAAUUCGUGUUCCUCCUGUGCCACCAAAUGCUGCUUUAAAGGCUGAGAAAGAACCAGAAGGAACUUCUCAUGAGUUCAAAAUUAAAGGCAGAAAAUCAUCUAAACCAAUCCCUGAUGUGAGGGAUUUAAGUAAUGGUAUAGAAAGAAAGGGGAAAAAAAAAUCAGUAGGUCGUCCACCCGGUCCCUAUACAAGAAAAAUGAUUCACAAAACUCCAGAGUCAUCUCCUCUGGAUAACGAACCGGUUCCAGUGAUAGAGAACCCAGCCUUGGAAUUACCCUGCACUGUUGGGAAAUCUGAUGGAACUGCACAUUCAUCCAAUACCUCAGAUGUGGAAUCCACAGGUGCUGCCAGUAUGAAAGAAACUACCUCAUCUAGCAUUUCCAGACAUUAUAGUUUAUCUGACUCGAGAAAAAGGACUCGUACAGGAAGAACUUGGCCUGCUGCAAUACCACAUUUGAGAAGAAGAGGUCGCUUUCCACGAAAAGCACUUCAGACUCAAAAUUCAGAAAUUGUAAAAGAUGAUGAGAGCAAGGAAGAUUACCAGUAUGAUGAACUCAAUACAGAGAUACUUAACAACUUAGCAGAUCAGGAGUUACAGCUCAAUCAUCUAAAGAACUCAAUUACUAGUUAUUUUGGUGCAGCAGGUAGAAUAGCUUGUGGGGAAAAAUACCGUGUUUUGGCUCGUCGGGUGACACUUGAUGGAAAGGUGCAGUAUCUUGUGGAGUGGGAAGGAGCAACUGCAUCCUGACUGUAGGACUGAACAUUAUGUUCACUGCACUGUCAUCUGUAAGUACAGUUCAUAAUGCAGAGCCACAAGAGAAAUGUGUCUUUAAAUGUCUUUCUAAAAACAAAACAAAACCAGUUUAGCCUUAACAUGUAAUUGUUAUCAUUACAGCUCUUGUGAUAAAGACUUAUCUUUUUAAAAUCUGAUCUGAAACUUAAAUUUUUUAAUCUGAACAUUGUUAGAUUGUUUUAGGUUGGGAUAUUUUGGGUUACAAUUGCUUAAAAAUGUGCAUGGUGUUU